UGAUUACCUUAUGCUGGAGAAAAUUCCCCUGCAAGACGGAGGUAACAAACUGCACAAACACAAUCAAACUUUUUUCAGCUGUUUACACAUACAAUUACAACACUUACAUUUGUUUACAAUUGGAAUUGAAUUGGAGAAAGCUUUAGUUAGAACGAGAAAAAAUAUUGCCACUGUAAGCAUAUUGAUAUAAUAACAUGCUAAAAGAAGACAGGUAUUACAUUACAAAAAAAAAAUGAAAAACUGAAAUUGAAGCGGUAAUUUGGCCAUUUUAAAAAAAAUUUGGGCUUGAAAAGGAGAUAUAUAAAAGAAUUAAUUUUAAAAGGCAAAAUCAAAGCAAAUACAACGACCGGGACUUCAUUUUAUACAAAAGAAAAUAUUUUGUUUUAAUAUUUUUUCUUAUUCAACUGUGGACGUGGAUAUUCGGCUCCUCUUUAACAGAUAAGUUUGAGUUUAAACAAAAGUUAUAAUGAAUAAAAAGACUUUUGCAAACCUCUUGAGCAAAGAAAAAUCGAAAUUCGAAGCUACUAUUGCGAAAUUUCGUAAAUUAAAUGAAUCUAAGCAAGAGGUUUCAAAUGAUUUUGAUAGGAGUGAUUUAGCAAAUAAUGAUGAUAUUCCUAGUACCAGCAGAGCAGCUGCUAAUAGGCUUGAUGUAUUAUAUGAUAGCGAUAGUGACAGCGAUAAUAGAUAUUUUUUUGAUGAAGAUUUUGACAAUGCAGAGGAAAUUGAGGUCCAAUCACAAUUUGAUAAAGCGGUAGAAUUAAAGGCGUGGGCAAUUAGGAAUAAUAUUUCACAAAAUGCUCUUACUGACCUACUUCAAACUUUAGAUAAAGUAGGUGUAAAUGGCUUGCCAUUAUCAGCUAAAACUUUGUUAGGUACAACUAGAGAAAAAGUUAGCGUGGAAAUUAUACCAGGUGGAGAUUUUUUAUAUUUUGGAAUAGAAGAAAACUUAAAUAGUAUAGAAUUUGAUUUUUUAGAAAAUUGUGAAAGGAUAGAUAUUGACGUUGGUAUAGAUGGGCUUCAAUUGACAAAAUCGUCUAAAAAUUGUGUGUGGCCUGUAAUGGGUUCCAUUGUAAAUUUUCCUAAUGUUAGUCCGUUUUUAAUUGCUUGCUUCCAAGGAAGAAGUAAACCAAAUAACCCAGACGAUUUUCUCAGAGAUUUUUGUGUUGAAGUAGGUUUUCUAAGAGCUAACGGACUGAAAGUAGGUAGAAAUCAGGUAAGCAAACAGUUCGAUAUUAGGUCCUUUACCUGUGAUUCUCCAGCCCGCGCCUUUGUGACUGGGGUUAUAUCGCAUACAGGAAAACAUUGUUGUCCGAAAUGUGUAUGUUCAAGCCGUUAUAUUAAAGGUAGAGUUAGUUUUUCAACAACUGUGGGAUUAUCGCGUAGUGAUGAUAGUUUUAGAAACAGGAGAGAUAGGGAACACCACAGAUUAGAGUAUAGGGAUAAAGAAAUUUUAUUGGAAUCUGCAAAUUUUAAUAUGGUUUCACAAUUUCCUUUGGAACCAAUGCACUUGGUAGAUUUAGGUAUAACGAAAAAAAUAUUAAAAUUGCUUAUUUCUAAGGGAAAUAUAAAUAUAAUGAACGAGAAGCUGCGUUUUUUGGCAAAAUUUGUACCUUCUGAAUUCGGUCGCAUAGUGCGAGAUUUUAAUGAAAUAAAUAAUUGGAAAUCCACAGAGUUCCGACAAUUUUUGCUGUAUACAGGUAUAUUUGUUUUGAAAGACUGCAUUAAUGAAAACCUUUACUAUAAUUUUGUGAGCAGUCAGAUGACAUAAAGUAAAUGUAGCUGAAAAAAUUUUACAUGAAUUUGUUUAUUUGUUUUCUAAUUUACACGGCGAACACUUAAUUAGCUUUAAUGUACACGGGUUAUUACAUCUAGCUGACUGCGUAAGACGAUUUGGCGCGAUUGACAGCUUCUCCGCAUAUAAAUUCGAAAAUUAUAUGCAAACUUUAAAAAAAAUGAUAGAAAAGCCGGAUAAAGUAUUGCAGCAAUUAAAAAAUAAAUAUAAUGAGAGAAAAAAUUCGUUUGCGGUUUCUAAUAAAAUUUCUAAAUUUGGGUUGUUUUCGUUAGAUAUUAAAAAAGAUAAAGAUAGUUUUUGUUAUUCAGAGGAAAAAGGGCCUAUAAAAAUUAUUGGUGAGAAAAUUGAGGGGGGUGGUUUUGUAGGACUUAUUUUAUCGGAAACAAGGGAUUAUUUUCAGGAGCCAGUUGCCUCUGCUGGUUUAGGUAUAAUUAUAGGUAGUAUUUCAGAGGUUGAGGUAGUUGUAAAUAGGGUAGAUAUUAAAUAUAAGUAUUUUUCUAUACCUUUAGAAAAUAAGUUUUUAUUAAUUCCAUUAAUACAUCAUUUAUUUAAUGAUUUUCAUUAGAAUGAAUUUUGAAGAUUUCAUAACAGAAGAAAGCGAAUCUGAAGUGGAGUGCUCGCAAGCGUUCAACCCCGUUAAAGUACAAGUAUUUCAAAAACGGCACUACGAUCUUUGCGCCCCUCGAGAUAAUCCGACUGUGGUACCGACUGUGUCAUCUGGGGGCCAUGCAGAACUUUUGGACAAAUUGAAAGCAAUUGAAUCGCGACAAAUUUCCGAUUUUAAAUUUGUAUCGGAGAAUAUCACUGCCAUUCGGAAGGUCCUAAAGGAGAACAUGCCGGAAAAAGCAGAGAUCCAAGCACAAAGCAAAAUGCUGCGCGAAUGUCGCGUUAUAGCGGCAAAAACGCAGCAUUCCAUCAGCCGCAUAACCGGUGACAUGGAGGGCGAAGAAUAUCUGGAGCUUGCUUCAAAAUUGCCCAUGUCAUCGGAGGAGCAUCUGAGCUUUGUCGAAGACAAGCUAAAAACAAAAGAAAGCACAGAUGCUCUGAUGCGGCUGAUGGUAAAGUCAAAAGGUGCUAAAGGCACUGUAGAUGGCAUAAUGCGUGGCCUCUUUGCAGAUGACUUAAUGUACCACUAUAAUCUUGAGGGGCGCUUUAGAAAAAAAUCCUUGCUGGAUCUGAAAAGCAUAGGGCUGGUUUUUGAUGUAUUUCCAGAGAAAGGAAAAAACACUAUUAACGGGGAGCUGCGACGUUAUGUGGCCUUAAGCCACAAUAGAUUUAAACAAAAAAAAACAUAAGCUUAGAUCUAAAUUAAUUACUUAGAUUUACUUUUAAUUUUAAUAUUUAUUUGUAUAUAUUAGUUAU